AUGAAAAGAUUGGAACACCUCAUACAUAGAGUGGAAAUUUCAAGGGCAAAUGAGUGGGACAAAGUUAUUACCAGUCUAUCCAAUCUUAGGUAUCUGCGCUUGUCUGAUUAUGGGCUAACAGGAUUGCUUCCUUCCUCUAUAAAGAAUCUCUUCCGUCUUGUUCAUCUGGAUCUGUCUUCCAACAGCUUCACAGGGGUAAUGCCGCCUUCUUUGGAUCAGUUUCCAGCCCUUUCCUAUCUUGAUCUCAGCUCCAACCAUUUCAAUGGUACAAUUCCAUCCACAAUUUCAAGGCUUGUUAAUUUAAAAUCACUUUUGCUCUCAUCCAACAGUUUCACAGGUACCAUUUCCCUUUCCUUCUUUGAGAAUAUGACCAUCCUCGAACAGCUAGUACUUUCUCAAAAUCACUCGACUGUGAGCAUCGCUUCCACUUGGACUCCGAAGUUCAAGAAGUUGUCUGAUCUUGGACUGGCUUCUUGUAAGCUGUUUAAAUUUCCUUUGUUUCUUGUGAAACAAUAUCAUAUGUUUGAGCUGGAUUUAUCUGGCAAUAGUAUAUCAGGAAAUAUUCCGCCAUGGAUAUGGGAAUUUCCCGAGCUUUUUCGUCUCAACCUUUCAUCCAGCGAGUUAACUGGAAGAUUGCCAUUGAAGCUUGCAGCCAAGAAUCUUGGGUUCCUGGAUUUGCACAACAACAGCUUAGAGGGUGCUCUUCCUCUGCCACCUGCUAGUAUUUUAGAUCUAGACAUGUCAGAUAAUAAUUUUACAGGUUCAAUUCUUGUUGAUAUUACAACAUAUCUUCAAUCGGCAAAGGGUUUCGCUAUCUUGCGGAAUAAGAUUAGCGGAAAAAUCCCAGACUCUAUCUGCACCACAACUAUGCGGGUUCUUGACUUGGCAGGAAACAAGCUCAGCGGUACUAUUCCUCUUAAUUUUACAGCAAACUGUUCAGAUUUAAGAGUUUUCAGUUUCGGUCGAAACAAUCUGGUGGGUGAUAUGCCAGAAGUGGGGAAUCUUACAAAACUUCAGACGUUAAGUCUGAAUGGUAAUCAUCUACGAGGGCCUAUUGAAUAA